GCCAUUCAGCGGGUCCAGCCUGGGUCAUGACAAAGCUUCGGAUGCCGGCUGCCACAGGACAUGGAGUGCAAGCUUCCACACACCCUGACAGCGCAGGAUGUGCUUGCCUGCUACAAUGUGAAACUCGAAGAAGGCCUCUCGAGCAGCCAGGUUCUGCAGCAGCGCAUUCGCUUUGGACUAAACAAAUUGGCUGAAGAGGAGAAGAAGCCUCUAUGGAAGCUGAUUGUUGCUCAAUUCGAGGAUUUGUUGGUUCGGAUCUUGCUGCUAUCAGCCGUGGUGUCCUUUUUCUUGGCAUACAUCGAUGGAACCAGUGAGGAAGGCAUCACAGCCUUUGUAGAGCCGUUGGUGAUUCUCUUGAUCCUCAUUGCCAAUGCCAUUGUUGGCGUGUGGCAAGAAACCAACGCAGAAAAAGCCUUGGUGGCGCUCAAGAGGUUGCAACCUGACAGCGCCCUCGUGUUGCGAGAAGGUCGUUGGCAGCAGCUGAAUGCUGAAGACCUGGUCCCCGGAGAUUUGGUGCAGGUGAAGGUGGGGGACAAAGUUCCCGCAGAUAUGCGCCUGGUGGAGUUGCAUUCCUCCAUGAUCCGGGUUGAACAG